GCUGUGUUUUUCGAUCUUGGUGCGGCUAGCGAGAUAAUAAAUAUUUUUUUAAAGUAAAGAAUUUCGUUUGCCAUUAAAUUUAGUCAAAAAUCUCUAGUGGUGAUAUGGGUAGUCACGCGUACAAUAAUACGCACGAUGAACUGUAUGAAAAUUCGGCGUUUACUGCAGAAAUGAGUAGCAAAAUGCAAGUACCUAAACGCAUAAGUGUACUUGGUGGUAUCGACGAAGAUGACAAACUUGGGUUAGGGAAUUUUAGCACAAGAUAUGCCAAUAAAACAGAUUCCAAGUAUGAGAUGAAAGUCCCCGAAAGGAUACUUGUAGUUGGGCAAGAUCAACAUGUUGGUAUGAAAGCCCCCCCACAUGAGCUAAUUCUGGAAAAUUCGAUUCUGUCAAUUAACAGUUAUCCUCCUGUUCGUGUUCGGACUCCACCAAGAUCUAUUACUGUAGAUGCGGUACCCAACAUCCUAGAUCACCAAGAAGAACAUGAGAGUGAUGACGAUAGUAACCAGAGUGAUUCAGAAUUGAAUAGUCAAGACAUGGUAUUGGUUGCUGACAAAAGUAGUUCUGCUGUGAUCCUAUCAGAGCCACCACAGCUAACUUUGACGUCCUCCCAACUGACUGAAGAAGUUUUUGUACUUAGACAGCAAAUAGGUCGCCUCCAUCGUCGCAUGGCUGGUUUCGAAAGAGAACAGCAGCAAAGACAACAGCGCGAUGCCGUCGUCGUCUCAUUAGGCGCUGUAUAUAUUGUUUGGAAAGUCAUACUGUGGCUUACUCGUUCUCCGUAAUGUAAAAAAUAAACUUCUUAGUCGCGCAAA